AUGAAGCUGUUUGUUGAGUGUGUGGUGUUUUUGCCAUUAUUGGCCCUGGCGUUAUCUGCGAAUCCAGAUGAAGCCUUCGAACGCGGGUACCGGUCGUUGUAUCGCGUUUACGAGGAAUGUCAGCAGCGAAAUGGUGGGUUGUCCCCGUGCAUAAAGAAAAAAGCAAUUGCCUUUUUCGAGCGAUUGGGCAGGAUUGACCACCUCCCGAUCACUGAAAACCUCGAACUGAUCAGAGUCGCUCAGGACAACGCUUCGCUGACCAGACACCCCAGUGAAUCCGAUUUGGGGCGAUCUGGUGCUUCAAGAGAUGAAGUGCUCAACGAAAUCCUGCUGGAUCGAGUGGCGAAUCUGAUGAACGGGUUCAACGUACAGAUCAGUUUGCCGAAAACUAACACAGUAGAACUAAAGAGAAGCAUGGAGGAAGGCAGAGGAAAAAUGAAGAAGAUGAUGGGCAUGAUGAUGACGGGCAUGGCGAUGAAGAUGGCUGCAAUGAUCCCCAUUGCAAUGGGUGUCCUCUUCAUGCUUGCGGGAAAAGCUCUUAUUAUCAGCAAGAUAGCUCUUGUUCUGUCGAUGAUUAUUGGGCUGAAAAAGCUUCUCAGUCAAAAGCAAGGCGGUGACUCUCAUGGAGGAUGGCAGAGUGGUGGUGGUGGUGGUGGUGGCGGUGGAUGGGACCGAAGCAUCAAGGACAUCCCCCAAAACUUGGACCUUCAGAAUGUCGAAGCUGACUCCAGUUACGGCCAAAAUUUGGCCUAUUCGGCACAUAGGCCUCAGCAGUAA